GUAAAACCAUGGUUUGUGAUGUGACACAGCACUCUUCAGCUGAAACAGAACGAACCAUGGAAACGGAAGAGUCUUCUAAAGAUGAAGCAACGCCGGAUAGUUCAAAGAAUAAAAGGACUUGUUCCAAAAUUCUAAAGAACAUAACAGUUGAACCAUUGAUAGUUUUAUAUCUAUUUCCUGUAGUUUUGAUGAUCUUACCAACGGCUAACAUGGAUCUGGAGAAAUCUUGCCGUGUAAAUUUAAAACUUAACGAUACGAUUUGUGACGCUUUAACAAGUAGAAAUGACCAACUAUACACUAGUGAGCAAGAGAGCAUGGUGCAACGGGAGCUGACAAAUAUGAACGCCUGGAAAAAUAUAAUCAAAGGUGUGAUUCCAGCGAUUUUGUUACUAAUGAUAGGAGCAUGGAGUGACAAGUAUAAUCGACGAAAACCUGUAAUGGGAUUACCUAUCGCCGGCCAGUGCGUUGCCGUAAUCGGCUUAAUUCUAUGCACCUAUUUUUUCGACGAACUACCAAUGCAAGUUACUGGUUUCUUUGACAGUGUACCUUCCUCGUUGACAGGCGGAAUUAGUACCUUUUCAAUGGGCGUGUUCAUCUAUGUUAGUGCUAUUUCUGAUGUUCAAUCGAGAACUUUAAGAAUUGGAAUAGUGAAAACGAUGCUGGAUGCCAGUACGUUGCUUGGUUCUGCAUUGGCUGGCAUAUCUUAUUGCGCAAUUGGCUUAUAUGGAAUUUAUUUUGGAGUACUCGCGUUUUAUGUAAUUGGAUUCAUUUAUUUUGUGUUUGUUAUCAAAGAAAUAAGGAUGGAUGAAACUGAUGCCAAUCAACACGUCACAAAGUUGCAAAUGUUUAAAGAUUGCUGCAACCUGAAAUAUAUUAAACCUACGUUUAUGGUUGCAUUUAAACGGAGAGUCAAGAAUUAUCGAGCAAGAGUUGUGGUAAUAUUGAUAUUGAUUGUGUUCAAUAUGGGUCCUUUGUACGGUAAGCUUUAUGACAUACCUUUAAACUUUAUUGUUCAUUCAUCACUCAUAUGUAAAAGUGGUCGUCAAAAAGUAUAUGGCCGUGUAAAUCUGUCGGAUUUUUGAAAUGUUUGAGCCCACUAUACUUUUUAUUAGUGGAACUGCGGAUGCCUAGUUGAAGUUGUAUGUUCGCAUUUAAAUACUGACUAUUUAAACAGUUCAGAAUAGACAUUCCGAUUAAGGGUGGGCAGAAUCAUUUAGUUUUUUUUUAGCACAAACUUAUACAUACCAAAUUUUUAUCAAAUAGAUAUCGCCGAGGACAAACGAAACAUACAAGGGACAAAAACUCCUCGAAACGGGGAGAAAUUCUUACUGAAUUGUCUGAAUUAUCGGAUUAAACGGCCGUGGGUUUUGAUUAACGAUUCAUGGUAAAUGAUUAAAGAUGAUCGAUUUAACCUGUUAGCACCAUUUCGUAGGCACGUUAGGACAGAAUAGGCCAGAUUAUUUAUUAUUAUUUGUACUAGGAGUGUUGCCAGUCGGUUCCUGCACUGCGACAUUUUAGUCAAUUGUGCUCCCCGAUGUUGUCUACCCUUCAAGAAUGCCUAUGACUACCUAUAUCCUCGCCUAUAUCUUUAACAAAGCCCAAGAGUUUGGUAGAGCGAACCUUCGUUGCUUCCUGUGUCAUUUUUAGCGCAUUUUUGAAAAAAAUACGCUAUUAUAUUCGUUAUUGCUGGC